AUGUCCACCAGUAAUCUGCCAAUCCUGACGAAGCCAAACGGCUCUACUUCCAACCAGGUGACACCAGUCCCUGUAGAGCCGACCCGCAGCCUCACUAUCCAGACGAAAAGGAGGAUGUCGAUCCCACCUCCGAUUGAUCCACUCGAGCAACUGGUGUGCAUAAUUUGCAUGGAGGAAUCCAUCCCUCCACACGUAAGGCUUACUCAAUCGUCUCCAACAAUGCUCUCUGAUAUAUUUAGCGAAGCAUACGCGAGCGACCGAAGUCUUCCCCCCGGUCUGAUACUCUUAGACACCAACAUUAUACACGCCCUCGAUUCCCUGACUUCCGAAUCAGCCAGUGUUCCCCCAGUCGACGACAUGUUCUGCUCGCCUUUCGUGGGAAUGGAUGUCGAGCAGAUAACGGACGUUAUAACCAAUACCUGCCAGAAAAGUAUCCUCAGUACGAGGCUAUUCUUCCUUGCGGAUGACCUGACGGCCGCCACAGAAACACUCCGAAAAGUUGAAGUUGGCAAAACAUUGGAUUGGCAUAGUUCUCGGGUCCCAUGGAGAGAUGCGAACAUUAUGGCUGCCAAGUGGACUCGCGGAUACGCUUCUGGUAUGAUUACCAAUGCUUGCCAUUGA